AUGUGUCACUGCCAUUGCUGUUUUUCCAGUGAACCUGUUUUGCCACUGCUCUGCUACAUGAUAUUGAAAUCCUGAAAUCAUCAGAUGUGGUUCUCCCAUUACUGACAGCAUGGAAACAUUGAACCAGUCUGCAGAAGCUAUCAGAGAGAUUGUAAAGAUAAAAGAUCUUGCAGAUGCUCUAGAAGAAGGAGGUUGUGAUCUUGAAACUGUGAGAAACAUCAUUCAAGGAAGGCAAUUGCCUGCUGAUCUGAGGGCCAAAGUCUGGAAGAUUGCGCUUAAUGUUGUAGGAAAGGGGGACAGCCUAGCAUCCUGGGAUGGCUCCUUAGACCUACCUGAGCAGAGUAUAAUUCAUAAAGAUUGCCAAGAACUAAUUGACCAGUUGUCAGUGCCAGAAGAAGAGAAGUCAGUAUUAAUUUUGGAUUUGAUUGAGUCUGUUAUUACAUUUUAUUGUAAAUCACGCAAUGUUAAAUACAGUUCUUGCCUCGGCUGGAUACAUCUGCUCAAACCUCUGGUGCACCUUCAUUUGCCCCGCAGUGAUUUGUACAACUGCUUCUAUGCUAUCAUGAAUAAAUUCAUUCCAAGGGAUUGUUUUAUGAAGGGAAGACCCUUUCAUCUAUUUAGGCUGUUGCUUCAGUACCAUGAGCCUGAACUCUGCUCCUUUCUUGACACCAAGAAGAUGACUCCAGAUUCAUAUGCACUCAACUGGCUUGGAAGCCUCUUCUCAUACUACUGUUCAGCUGAAGUCACUCAGGCAAUAUGGGAUGGAUAUCUACAACAAGCAGAUCCAUUCUUUAUUUAUUUCUUAAUGUUGAUCAUCCUUGUCAAUGCAAAAGACGUUAUCUUAGCACAAGAAUCAGAUAAAGAAGAAAUGAUAAAAUCCUUAGAAACAUCACCAGCCAAUCUCGAUUUAGAGGAUAUAGAAGAUCUCUUCUCUUUGGCACAAUAUUACUGUAGCAAAACUCCAGCUUCUUUCAGGAAGGACAACCACAGUCUUUUUGGCAGCAGUUUGCUGGGCCUCAAAGAUGAUGACACAGACUUGAGCCAGGCUCUCUGUCUAGCAGUUUCUGUGUCCGAGAUUCUGCAAGCAAACCAGCAACAAGGAGAAGGAGUGAGAUUCUUUGUAGUGGAUUGUCGUCCUGCAGAGCAAUACAAUGCUGGGCAUUUAUCGACAGCAUUUCAUUUAGACUCAGAUUUGAUGCUUCAGAACCCAUCAGAAUUUGCACAGUCUGUAAAAUCCCUGUUAGAAGCACAAAAACAAUCUAUUGAGUCUGGCUCCAUAGCUGGUGGGGAACAUCUCUGCUUCAUGGGAAGUGGCAGGGAAGAAGAAGAUAUGUAUAUGAACAUGGUGUUAGCACAUUUCUUACAGAAAAAUAAGGAGUAUGUUAGCAUUGCCAAAGGAGGCUUUAUGGCCCUCCAACAGCACUUAGCAGAUAUCAAUGUGGAAGGACCAGAAAAUGGAUAUGGCCACUGGAUUGCAAGUACCUCAGGCUCACGAAAUAGCAUAAACUCUGUUGAUGGUGAUUCUCCAAAUGGUUCAGGUGAUGGAAAAGGAGUGAAGUCCCUAGUGAAUAAAAUGACGGUUGCUUUGAAGACUAAGUCUGUGAAUGUGAAAGAGAAAGUUAUCAGUUUUAUUGAAAAUACAUCUACUCCAGUGGACAGAAUACCUUUCAAUAUUUCCUGGCCAGACAGAGCAAGCAUGGAGCGACAUGUCAGCAGCAGUGACAGAGUUGGAAAACCCUACCGUGGUGUGAAGCCGGUAUUCAGCAUUGGAGAUGAAGAAGAAUAUGAUACUGAUGAAAUUGAUAGCUCCUCAAUGUCAGAUGAUGAUCGAAAAGAGGUUGUCAACAUCCAAACGUGGAUAAAUAAGCCUGAUGUGAAGUAUAACUUUCCAUGUAAUGAAGUAAAAGAAAAUGGACAUAUGUUUCCCAGUCAUCUCCUAGUCACAGCAACUCAUAUGUACUGUUUGAGGGAGAUUCCAUCAAGAAAGGGACUGGCUUACAUACAGUCUCGACAGGCACUCAACUCUGUAGUCAAAAUCACAUCCAAGAAGAAACAUCCAGAACUGAUCACCUUUAAGUAUGGAAAUAGCAAUACUUCAGGCAUAGAAAUUCUGGCAGUUGAAAGGUAUUUGAUUCCAAAUGCAGGUGAUGCUACCAAAGCCAUUAAACAACAGAUCAUGAAAGUAUUGGAUGCCUUGGAGAGUUAAUAACUAAAGACUUUGUAGAGACCAGUUUAUAAAGAAGAAGCAACCAAGAUACUGUAUGUGGACACAAGCUGACUGUUUCCCAACUGAAUACUAACUUAAGAGAAUUUUUCUGUUUGCUGGUGGGAGUGCCUGAGUAGCAGGCUUGAGAUAGGGUAAAUUAUUAUCCAUUUCUGAACAGGAUUUUUGUUUGGGUUAUUUUUAUUUUUUUAUUUUGUUAUUUGUUUUGUUUUGGAGAAGUGUUUAUUAUAAAGGUCAGUUUGUUUCAUUUUAAUGCAGCCUUGCUGGGAGUGAUCUGCAUCUUUGCAAGAGCAGAUGCAGCUGGGUUCAUGUUAAGUGUGUGUUAAAGGAAUGGGGGGACUGAGAUACAGAGGAGCAGUUGAAAACACAAUGGUUUUUAAAUUGUUAUCCCUUGCAAAUAAGAUGUCUCCAUUGCCUACAGUCUAGAAAUUUGAUUUUUCCUAGCUGGUAGUAUCAAAGAUUAAUUAAAAAUUUAGCUUUUUGAGCAGAGCAGAUAGAAAUCUUAAAAACACCAUUUUCACAUUAAAAAUGGUUAAGUCCAGUUUGGGCUGCAGAUAAAUGGAAAAAAUACAAGCAAUUUGUGAAAUUAAGGGUUUUUUAAAUGUCUUACCAGCUACUAGGCUAAAUAACUGGAAUUGGUGGUAAGGAUUAUUUUUAAAUACUGAUAUUACCUGUAGUUUUUACUACAGCAGUGUGAUUUUUUUUUUUUUAAUUAUGCAAAAUUUUACAUUUCAUAGGUCGAGGCUAUUUCCCGUGUAAAAAUGAGUGUGUGCACUGAAAUGCAUGUUUCAUGACAGAAUAUGAAAACAAGUUGCCUUGCUCCUCAGAAACAAAAUAUCUAAGAAAUUUAGGUGUUUAAAACCCUUCAGUUCAGCACAAAAGUGAGUACACCCUGACCAAAGGUGUGUUCAGCAAGAAGAUGAAUGCACACAAAACCAGGGAAGAAAUUCUAGUGCUGGCUGCCUUCAUUGAUUCAAGCAUUUGUAACAGCUUCUAAAUUAAUAAAUAUUUGGGAGAUGGCAACUUAUAUGAUUGUUCAUCAUAAGCUUUCCAUUUGUUCAAGAGUUGUUCUCUUGUUCAAAGCUCAGUACAGGAAUGUUCUUACAGACAAGGCAGAGCAUCUUUGUAGACUGAUGGUAAAUCACCAAAAACUAUAAAGAUAAUGGGGAUUAGUUUUGCUGCAUAAAAUCUUCUGAGUACUUGAAUCAAAGCCUAUGAUUUGGUACUUCAUCAGAAGGUAAAAUAAGUUAAACUGACCUUUAUAAAAAACAUUUAUUCUAAGUUAUUUUACUAGGAAUCAAGCUAGGGCACCUUAAUUCUUGAACUAAUUUUUUUUUUUUUCUUCUUAGUAUCUGAGUAAACACCAAUAGAACUUGAACUGUUGAGAAUAUUUGCAUGAAAUUGCACCUGGGCCAAUGCUCAUGUAUUUAUAGUUUUGCCCAGCAGCUGUUGUAUUACAUUUUCCUCUUCCUAAUCCCUCCUGAAAAUAUCCUCAAGAGUCUUUGACUCUGUGCCUACUUCAGCAACAAGAUUUUUUCAUGUAAAGAUGUUUGUGCUACUGUUUAUAAACUACAGUUGUAAAUAAACCAGUACAAUUUGAACAUAACUUGUUCUGUCAGAAGGCAUUUAGUUGCAUACUGUGUAAAUUCUCUGAAUCAAUUAAAAGUUUUUCCUAAAGGU